ACGCAGCCUCAGUUGGACUUCACGUCUGGUUCCGACCGGAGCGGAGUCGAGCCAGUGUCCGUCGAGCCGCUGAGGAGGGGUCGUUGACGGGUUGUUCUUUAUCCCAUCGCCCCUGAAGGUGUCACGCUCCAUCUGCGCCGUGACUGACAGCUCCGUGUUGUGUCGCUCAGCUGCUUCUCCUCCUGCAGGAGAAAGGAUCGGAACACAGAGGCAAGAAGGAGAAGACGAGGACGACGGGAGGACCGGGGAGGGAGAGAGAAGGAGAAGGAGGAGAAGAAGAAGAAGAAGAAGACUGAUCCGUGUGUUGUUCCAUCUGUACUGAGGAAGUGACACCAUGACGACAGAGAUGCAGGAGAUCGCCAUCACGGAGGAGAAGCCGUUACUCACGGGUCAGACUGAUGGAGCCAAGGAUGCUGAGCUGGCAGCGAGGAUCCUCCUGGACCAGGGCCAGGAGCACAGCGUGGAGACGCCGCAUGGCGUCCUGCACGUGACGCUGCACGGCACGCGGACCACCCGCCGACCGGCCAUCCUCACCUUCCACGACGUGGGCCUGGACGGUAAGAGCUGCUUCUCGCCGCUCUUCAAGUUUGACGAGAUGCAGGAGAUCGUCAAGAACUUCACCCUGAUCCACAUCGACGCCCCGGGACAAGAGGAGGGCGCCGCCGCCUACCCCACGGGUUUCCAGUAUCCGUCCAUGGACACGGUGGCAGAGAUGAUUCCUUCCGUCCUCCAGUUCUUCAACUUCCGCACCGUGAUCGGAGUGGGAGUGGGAGCCGGAGCGUACGUCCUGUCCAAGUUCACCCUGGCGAACCCGGACUCCGUCGAGGGUCUGGUUCUGAUCAACAUCGACACCAACGCUCGCGGAUGGAUGGACUGGGCGGCGCAGAAGCUCACCUCCGUCACGUCCUCGCUCAGCGAGCAGAUCCUGUCGCACCUCUUCAGUCAGGAGGAGCUGUCGGCGAACACAGAGCUGGUUCAGGCUCACAGAGAUCGGAUCUCCAAAGCCUCUAAUCUGAUCAACGUCGAGCUCCUCUGGAAAACUUACAACAGUCGCAGAGACUUGAACAUCGACCGCAGCAGCUGCACCUUCAAGUGUCCAGUGAUGUUGGUGGUGGGGGACCAGGCUCCGUACGAGGACGCUGCCGUACGUUUGUCUCCAUGUUCCGAUAUUAUUCAUAUUAAAUCAUCCCACAUGAAUAAGUGUCUUGAGAUUAACUGUCGUUCCUCCUGUGGCCACCAGGUGGAGUGCAACAGCAAGAUGGACCCGACCACGACCUCGUUCCUCAAGAUGGCCGACGCUGGAGGACUCCCUCAACUCACACAGCCGGCGAAACUGACGGAGGCGUUCAAGUACUUCAUCCAGGGCAUGGGCUACAUGGCGUCGUCCUGUAUGACCCGUCUGUCCCGCUCGCGCACCACCUCCCUCUCCUCCUCCUACUCCAUGGACGGGUCGCGCUCCCGCUCCCGCACCCUGUCGCAGGGCUCGCAGGGCGGGCAGAUGCCGCCCAGCCCGUCCCAGACCAUGGAGGUGUCCUGCUGAAGAGAGAGAGAGAGGGAGGGAGGGAGAGAGAGACGGAGGGAGAGGGAGGGAGAGAGAGGGAGAGGAAGGGAGAGGGAGGGA